GAACCUGCUGGACAUGGACACUUUCUCCAAAUCUGACCCAGUGGUGGUCCUCUUCGUGCAGGGCUCAGGGAGCAGCGAGUGGAAGGAGUUUGGGCGCACCGAGGUGAUCGACAACACCUUGAACCCCGACUUCGUCCGCAAGUUCGUCCUCGAUUACUACUUCGAGGAAAAGCAAAACCUCCGCUUUGACGUCUACAACGUGGACUCCAAGAGCUGCUCCAUUUUAAAGCAGGACUUCCUGGGGCAGGCAUUUGUGGCGCUGGGGGAAGUGAUCGGGUCACAGCGGGGCCGCCUGGAGAGAGCCCUCACGGGGGUCCCCGGGAAGCGGUGUGGGACCAUUUUGCUGCUGGCAGAGGAGCUGAGCAACUGCCGGGACAUCGUCACCAUGCAGCUGUGUGCCAACAAGCUGGACAAGAAGGACUUCUUCGGAAAAUCCGACCCCUUCCUCGUGUUCUACCGCA